CGGCGGCGCAAGCGGGUCUGGCGCAUCCAUCGCCACGAGCCUCGCGACCGCGGUCGUGGCACCUGGCGGCAUCGACGAGCCGCGAGACGCGUCCGCUGCUGCCCAUUCGCCACCCUAGCCCCGCGCGAGCCCACCAUGCGCACCCCAUUUCAUGCUGCUGACCCGCCGUCGCCUGCGCGCUCGCAGAUCCAAAACACCCCAUCAUCAUGAUCAACUGGAAGCUGUACGUCACCGCGCUGCUGCUGCCGCUGGCGCUCGGCUGGAAUUCGUGCUCGAGGCCCGAUGUGGAGUACUUCCAGGCUGACGAAGGCGCGGGCACAUCCUUCAACUACGCCGCCGGGGCGAUGAACGGCAAGGUGUACACGGGCGGAUACUUCAAGGGGACCUACCUUCCCGUCGGCUACAACUCGAACGGGAUGGUGGCACCGGUGCCGGGUGCCGUCCGCGUCAUGGAUGCGACCUCCGACGACCAGCACCUGCAACUGUCAGAGACCGACUCCACGGGGAAGCUCCUGCAGACGUGGUUCUUCGAGGGGACGGCGAAGCAGGUCGGCAGCAUCGGACACGGCGCGCAGACCAACGAAGUCGACUCGUACGACGGCAUCAAGGCCAUGCUCGACGACAACCACCUGUCGGUCAAGAUGGGGUUCCGGCAGCAGCUCACGCUGCCCGACGGCACGACGCUCGACUCCGCCUACAUGGCCAAUGGCGACGCUCGGCUGAACACCAACGAGCAGGUCCAGCUGAUGAUCAAGCUGGACGUCUCCAAGGCUGCUGGCAUCGGCCCCGGCACAACCGGGUGGUACAAGAUCCUCGACGAGGACCACCCCGGGUACGUAAUCGUGCGCGCGGCCGACGGCGACGCGAACGGCAACAUGAUCCUCUCGUACAAAGGCUGCGAUUCGUUCAAUGCGACGAAAGUGGUAGUCACAACCGGGUGGCGCGGCACCACGACAACUGUUGGGGAGCCGUAUGACUGCGCGGAGUACUUGACCUGCCUGGCCUCGGGGGAUGGCUCCACCGUGUGGCGCAAGCAGCUCCCGGAGGGCGUCGUUCUCGAUCGAUGCCGCGCGACGGUGGACGGGUCCUUCUUCUGCGGCUUCAACAUGGCACAGGCCUUUGAGGCGGACUUUGGCAACGGCGUGGUUGCCCCGAGCGAGAUCGACGCGACUCGCGUGAACCUCGUCGGUCAGAGUACUACCGGCGCCGGCCUCAUCAAGUACAACUCAAUGGGCGAGGCCCUGUGGGUCAAACGCGGCCCUGAUUCCGGCUGGUCCGUCCAGGGUUCCUCGAGUACUCUGUCAGUGUCGCGCGAUGGCACCCUACUCGCGAUGACCGGGCCGGUCGUCGAUGGGAGAGGCAAUCGCGCCAAGACCCAGGUGAGCCGCAUCGACACCUCGAACGACUUGACGAAGGACGUCCUGUGGACUGACAUCAUCCCCUCGGGGUCUCACGGCUUUCGAGGAAUGGAGGUAAUGAGGGGCGCCGGCCAACCUGAAGACGAGGUCGUGGCCAUGGGCCAGAUCUAUGCUGGCUGGCUGACGCUCACCGACGACCAGAACGCGACCAUGACGCUGCGCUCCAUCGGACAAUACGACGUGUUUGUGGUGGCCUACGACGCCACGACCGGCGCUGGCAAGUGGGCGAUGGACGGCGGUAGUGACGAGGUCGGCGACAGCGGCACCGGCGAUUACUUCUUCGCGUUUACCGCCGACGCGGUUUCUGGCGACAUCUACGUUGGGGGCGGGGUCUACUCUGGCCCCUCCAAGUUCCGCUGGGGCGAUCUCCAGCGCGACAACGUGAUGCACGACGCGCAAACAAUCAAGAGCUCGGGGACCAGCCCCCCCCACGCCUUCCUCGUCAACUUGAAGUCGGUCUCCUCGCACCACCCCGAGUGCCUCAACUCGUGCGACGAGGCCGUCGGCGUCCACGAGUCCAACGUCAACGACGGCUACUGCUACAUCGACCGCUACUGCUACAAGGAUGGCACGUCCUCGCCGUACGUAGGCCAUCACUGCUACAGCUGCAACUCCACCGCGGACAAGCUUGAGUUCACUGCACCCGAGGGCGGGCGUCGCCCGACGGGUGCGGGGAGGAAUGUCGUGCCUGGCUUCUGCUUCAUCGACGGCGUCUGCUACGACGACAACGAGCACGAGAGCUACAACAAGAACAAGCCCGUGGACCCGUGCAACAAGUGCGACACUGCCAGCCCCGAUGUUUGGACGGCAGUCAACGGCUGCCUGCUCGCCAUGGAGUUCGUGGGGGCUCCCGACCCGGACGGCAUCAUUCGCAACGGCAUGUGCGAGGCGACCAACUUCGAGGGCGGCAUCAGGUACAACAAGGACGGCUCGGUCAACCCAGUUGGUUGGGAGCUGGAGGCUACCGCAGCUGGCUGGGGGCCUCUGAGCUGCGGCAGCGGCCAAACCCCGGCCCAGCAGAGCACUGCAGCGGCGCUGCGCCAGCGGCGCGUCAUGAAGGUGGCCGAGGGGGAGCAGUGGUGGCCGUGAGGUAAGCGGCAGCGGCGAGCAGCGGCGGGGUGAGAAGAGACGGCAGCGCCAGCCAGCGCCUUGCUGUCCCCCUCGCUCGCUCGGCGGAGUCUGACCCCCUUGUUUGCGGGUGAGCGGCUCGCGCGGGACAUGUUUGUUGGGGACUGAGGGUCGAGGGGGGCCCGAGGAGUGUGAUCCCUCCGUGUGCGGGGUAGCGGCUACGGCUCCCGGGACUGAGGGUAGAGGGGUGCGGUGGGGCGAAAAGUGUGAUCCCUCCCAGGGGUGCGCUAGGCGCGACAAGAGCUCCCGGCGGGACGUGUCUCACUAUAGAGAAAGAUACACUUCGCCGGAUGACA